AUGGCUUCAGCACCGACAGUAAAGGUGCCUGUUUACUCUGGCAAUGACCUUAAAUCAACAACAGACGAUUCCCUGGCACCGUAUUUAACUACCCUGCCCCGGCCAUAUACCUUUACCCAAGACCAUUCGAAGACAAAUAUUCGAUUCCUUCUGGGCUACAGUGCCGUCUCAAUCGCGGCAUUCACCUUUUAUGCCGACCGUAAGCUGGGAUGGGAGGCGACAAAAUCGCCCUGGGUUAUAGCAGCUGUGUCCAGUUACUUCAUCCUGAACACCCUGCUCACAUACUGGAUCUGGGCCGUGGAGGCUGGAGAAGUAUUUCGGGGAAAGCGGCAGUCAGGUGAAAUGAUCUCUAUCCGCUCCUCCACCAAGAAAUUCUCUCCACUCUAUAAACUCAGCAUCCAGUACAAAUCGUCGUCCAACAAAGUUCUCCAAGAGAAGGAAAUUGAGACCUCGUUCACCACUUGGUUCGCUGCAGAUGGAACUUUCCAUCCUAAACCUCUUCAGAAAUGGAUAUCAGGUGAGAUUGAGGUUCUAAGGCUCGCAGCUAAAGAACUCGAGAAGAAGACCGGCAAUGUUGGUGACUCAACUGAAGUUCAAGAAAUCGAGAGAAACCAGGAUAACAAGAGCGCCAACAAAAAGAGGUAG